AGCAUAUAUCUCCACCACAUGACUCUCUUAAACUCUUCUUUAUAACUCUCCCCCAAAAACACCAGAGAGCUAUUGUCACUUCAACUCACUCUAGUCUCUCUCCCACACAUUCCAAUCCAAUUCCAGCCUAGUUAGUUGAUAUCCUGUUUAUAUAAUUCCCAUUGGAGAAAGAUAUAGAGAAAGAGAUGAAGGAAAGAAUGGUCUUACUACUACUCAUGACCAUCAUCAUCUCCACCCUCAUAACCAUUCCCACACGCUCACAUGCAUGUGAGCUUAACUCCACCAUAAAACACCAUCACAAGUGGCAUGGCCCAACCAGCAAACGAGUGAUCACCGUGGAUGCUACCGGCUCUGGUGACUUCCUCUCCGUCCAAGAAGCCAUUGACUCCAUCCCAGACAACAACACCCAGCGUGUCAUCAUAAAGAUAAAAGCCGGUGUCUACAUAGAGAAGGUGGUGGUUCCACGGACGAAGCCAUACAUCACUUUCCAAGGAGCUGGAAGGAACGAGACGGUGGUUGAAUGGCACGACCGGGCUUGUGACCGAGGACCCAACGGCCAGCAACUCCGCACUUACAACACUGCUUCUGUAACUGUUUUUGCUAAUUAUUUCAUUGCUAGGAAUAUAAGUUUCAAGAACACAGCUCCAGCACCAAUGCCCGGGAUGGAAGGAUGGCAGGCAGCGGCGUUCAGAGUUUCAGGGGAUAAGGCAUACUUCUAUGGCUGUGGAUUUUAUGGCGCUCAAGACACUCUCUGUGACGAUGCAGGACGGCAUUACUUCAAGGAUUGCUACAUUGAAGGUUCAAUUGACUUCAUCUUUGGCAAUGGCAGGUCAAUGUACAAGGGUUGUCACCUGCAUUCUAUUGCAAACCGAUUCGGAUCGAUUGCAGCACAUGACCGGAAGUCUCUUUGUGAGAGAACUGGGUUCGCAUUUGUUAACUGUAAAGUAACCGGCACCGGCAGACUGUAUGUAGGAAGAGCAAUGGGACAGUAUUCAAGGAUAAUUUAUGCGUACACUUACUUUGAUGACCUGAUAGCACCUGGAGCUUGGGAUGACUGGGAUCAUUCCAGUAACAAGAACACGACUGCAUUCUUUGGUGUUUACAAGUGCUGGGGCCCUGGUGCGGAAGCAGUGAGCAGUGCAUCAUGGGCACGGGAACUUGAUUUCGAGUCGGCUCGGCCUUUCCUUGUCAAAAGCUUCGUCAAUGGUCGGCACUGGCUUGGCCCGUCUGAUGCCUAAGCAAAACCAUAACUACGAUUUCCAAUCUAUUCAUUCAUUAAUACAAAGAUUCAUGUUGAUUUUUCCUUUAUUGUAUAAGAAUGUAGAAUUAUCAUUACAACGAUAUUGUUAAAUUAUAUACCACUGCAAUAAAACUGAGAAUAAACGGUACA